GGCCAUCCCGGUCGGACCGGAGGAUCAGCAGCCGGGAUCACGGCGCCCCGCCGAGCCGGAAGGAGAUCCAUGGCGACGUGUGCGGACAGAGUCCGAGGGGGCGCUUUCCCACAGGACCCGGAGCCCGCCGCCGGGUCCGGGACUACCGGAGCUCCUGACAGCCGCGUCCCGGUGCCGAUGAACCUUUUCGCGACCUGGGAGAUCGACCGGUCCUCUCCGAGCUGCGUCCCCAGAUUAUGCAGUCUGACUCUGAGGAGGCUGAUGGUUUUGAAGGAACUGGACAGAGAGCUCAGCUCCAUCGUCAUCGCUGUGAAGAUUCAGGGCUCUAAGCGGACUUUGAGAUCCAACGAGUACCUUCUCUGUCCGGAUGGCCUGAUGGAGACAGAGCUGGAGCUCACCUUCUCCCUGCAGUAUCCUCACUUCCUGAAACGAGAUGUGAACCGUCUGCAGGUCAUGCUUCAGAGGAGGAAGAGGUACAAGAACCGAACCAUCCUGGGUUACAAGACUCUCGCAGUGGGGGUCAUCAACAUGGCCGAGGUGAUGCAGCAUCCGACAGACGGAGUCCACGUUCUUGGUCUCCAUAGCAACCUGAAGGAUGCUUCGGUGCGUGCGGCAGAGCUGAGCGUCCAUUCUCUCUCCAGUCAGCCAAUCGAACAGGAGGACAUGAGUGGUCACCGUGGCAACAAGACCAAGGCCUCAGAUUGCUCUGCUGACGUGGAGAACUACUGGGAAGAUGAUGACGACAGCUUCUCCUCUGAACAGGAAGGAAGUGAUGACGCAGUCCCAACUCAGGACACGUAUGAUGAUGAUGAUGAUGAUGUCCAGGUAAAGACGAAGAAGUCAUGCAGGAAGAUGAUGCGAACAGCCUCCCUGACGCAGCAAACAAACUUCAAACAAAAGUUUGUGGCUCUGCUGAGAAGAUUCAAAGUCACUGAUGAGGUUCUGGACUCAGACCUGGUGGAUCAGAGUCAGGAGGCUGAGGAGGAUCUGGACCUCCUGUACGACAGUCUGGAGGUUUACAACCCGAGCGACAGCAGCCCCGAGCUGGAUGACAACGACAGCAUCCUCAGCACCCCAAAACCCAAGCUCAGGCCUUUCUUCGAGGAGGUUUCUCAGUCCAGCUCUCAGACUGAGACCAGGAGGAGCCAGCAGAAAGAUCAAACUGCAGCUGUGGCAGAGCUGCUGUCCCCUGGAGCUCAGGGGCCUCGAUUCGCCGAGGAGUCCACAGGGGAGGAGUCCGCGGGGCCCAGGGAAGCUGAGGAUGAUGGUAUCUUGGCAACAGACGCAGGCCCAGCCGCUAAACUCUUUAAAACUGAGUCCCAGACACACAUGUCACCCAGUAAGACAGGAAGUCAGCUGUCUCGCCAUCCUUGGAGUGUCUCCAUGAAGGACAGACAGAACUCUAGAGGGACAGACAGAACCAGCAGCAUUGACAGUGAGACGUCUUCUGACUACAGGAUACCUGCCCCACAGGUUGCCAGGAAGUCAGUCCUGGAUCAGCUGAACCACAUCCUGUUCUCUGAUGAUCAGAUCCCGGACUCCAUCAUCCUGAUCAAUACCACAGACUGGCAGGGACAGUAUCUGUCGGAGCUUCUUUUCGAACAGCCAAUCGUGUGCACCCUCACAGCGGCUGACGUUCAGGCCGCCUUCAGCGCCAUCAUCAGUCGGAUCCAGAGAUUCUGUAACUGUAACUCCCAGACCCCAUCCACUGUGAAGGUGGCUGUGGGCGGGGAUCAGAGCUACGUCAGCACCGUCCUCUGCUGCUUUGUAGAGCAGCUGGCCAGCAAGACGCCUGAUUGGCUGAACUAUGUCCGCUUUCUCAUCCUCCCACAUGGAGUCCACCCGCUGGCCAAGUACCUGGCCGCCCUGGACAGUAAAUUCAACAGCCUGUUCAUGGACGCCGGCUGGAGGGACCUGUUUGGACGACCGGAGCCCCCUCCUCUGGACCCCAUUGGCGUAGCAGAUCGAGUGUGUCAGUACCUGACGGGAGCUGCUGUGUCUCACCUGUGUCCCAUCUCAGAGGCCAUGCUCACCUGCAAACACAGGAGUCCUGACGACGACUCCUGUCAGAAGUUUGUUCCUUUUAUUGGGCUGGUGAAGGUUGGCAUUGUGGAGCAGAACUUCCUGUCCACCUCAGUUGACUCUGAUGACAUCAUACUAGGAUCUCCUCCCUCCCAAUCAGGAGCAGCAGUCAGCAUCACCUCCACACCUCCUCCCUCCCCCUCCACCAGCUGUCCAGGGGAGGUGAUGGGUCUGCAGGUGGACUACUGGAGCAGCCAGGCAGGAGGAGGAGGAGGAGCAGAGAGGAGGAAGGAGGUGGGGAUGAAGAACACUCUGAAGAGUAACUUCCGCAGUCUGCAGGUGUCAAGGAUCAGUGGAGGAGAGCUGAUGAGCAUGACGGUGGUGACCAAAGAGAAGAACAAGAAAGUCAUGUUCCUCAGCAAGAAGACGAAGGAGAAGGAGGCGGAGUCAAGGAGUCAGCUGAUCGAAGGAAUCAGCAGGCUGAUCUGCACCUCCAAACACCAACACACACUGAGAGUCUCUGUAGAUGGAGUUGAGUGGAAUGAUGUGAAGUUCUUCCAGCUCGCUGCUCAGUGGCCGACUCACGUCAAACACUUUCCUGUUGGGAUCUUCAGCUACAACAAACCCUGAACCUCCUCCUCCUCCUCCUCCUCUUCCUUGUUCUCCUCCUCCUCCUCUUCCUUGUUCUCCUCCUCCUCCUUGUUUUCCUCCUCAUCAUCAUCAUCCUCCUCCUCCUCCUCACCUGUGUCGCCCUGUUGUCUCCACCCCCUUUUUCACUCACGUGUUUGCAAUACAAAUAUUUGUACCAUUUAUGUUACUUUUUAAUAUAUUUAAUAUUAUAAUACAAUAUGAAUAUGUAUAGUAUUUAUUCUUAUUACUGUAAACACUGUAUGCAGCCUGCAGAGUGUGUGUCUGCCUGAUACCAGUAAUAAAUGGCUUUAGAUGUGGACUAAUGGAGUCCCCGUCUGGAUCCUUCAGUUCUACUGCCAAAGCAACAAGACCUCAAACCAGCUUUAACCUUUUAAAGGCAGUUUUGUAAAAUACGUGAUGAACUUGGA